AUGGCAACAUGUGUAACAAAUAAAUUAUAUAAUCUUACUAGAUUCCACCUUAAUAAUAGGCUGAAAUAUAACCUAAUUGUAACUAGGAAUAAAAAGUAUCUUCCAUUCUAUCAUAAGGCGAGGAUAGUAAGAAAUAGGCCCAAGGAAUCGAAGGAAUCUACACAACAUAUAGCGGAUAAUAAAACUGAUAUUGAAGCUGAUAUAGAUGAAGUUCGUGCGGAAAAGGACGCGAGACUGAGGGAAGUGUUGAACUUAAAGUAUACACUGCCAACGAGCCUCAACAACGUAUAUAAUUUGUUUCACACAAUCGAUAAUGUAAAUAAUAAACCGAAGAGGAGUUAUAAAAAUGUAGAAGCUGGUAAAAGUACAGACAGUGUCUCGGAUGAUAGCAACGCCAACGAGCAUGUUAGAGAAAUAUACCUAAACCUAUUUUUGAAAGUCGAUAUUCGCAGAAAGUCGCUGAGGGAUAACCUGCUGCUUCCCUUUAACGUUAAAAAUAGAAAAAAGAUACUCGUGGUGUGCGAAAACGAGUACGUUGACGUUAUGCUUAAAAACGGAGCAACGUACGCAGGGCUGAGUUACUUGGAUAAAAUUGAGAACAAUUGGAGAGAUUUCGACCUGGUAAUAACGUCCUUUAUACAUAUGCCCAAGCUGGUGAAGCUGGCAAAGAUACUAGGGCCGCUGAAACUCAUGCCAAACGCGAAAUCAGGUACCUGA